AUGGCGACCGCGACGACGGACUCCGCCGCCCGACGUUUCGCCGUGGCCUGCGGCGUGCUCAGCCGGUUCGUCAAGGCGGCCGGGCCCGUGCCGAUGCCGAUGCCGAUGUCGGCGUACGGCGCGGCGCCGCGCGUUGGGGCCUUGCAAGGACCCGACGGCCCGCCGGCUGACGGGGCGCAGCAGCUGACGAUCUUCUACGGGGGGAGAGUGGUGGUGCUCGACGGCUGCACGCCGGCCGGGGCGGCCGAGCUGAUCCGGUACGCAGCGGCGGCGGCAAGCCCGCCUGCUGCCGCGCCGACGACGGCGCUGGUGGACAUACCCAUCGCGAGGAAGGCGUCGCUGCAGCGGUUCCUCUCCAAGCGCAAGGGCAGAUCCAUCACGGCCCUCGAUGGUCCACCGUACAGUCGUCCGCAGGAGGCGGCGCCGCCGCCGCCGGCGAAGAAGCGCAAGACCGAAGCUUCUUCCUGGCUCACCCUGGGUAGCUUAGGAGACAUGCACGCGCAGUGAUCCAUCGCCUAAACAUGCAUCGACAUGUGACGUGACAGCUUCCUGCUGGCGGUGACAAGUGAAGUAGGAUGUUAUUAUUUUUUUAUUUUUUUCAGGGUGAGUAGGAUGUUAUUAACAACUACUGAUAUGAUAUUGCGGAAAUUUAAUU